UUCUUCCUGGGAUCUCGCUGCGUGCGCUCGCCCGCCUUCUUAGCGCUCGGAGUCCGUCCGUGCGACUGUUCCCAUCGGUCUGACAAUUAGUGAGGAUCACUGCGGAUACCAAAACAUCGCCACAUAUCCCUCUUUUCUCGGGUGGUGAAAUUCGUGGAACGCGCCGUGCGUGUGUGUGUGUGUGUGAUAUAUUAUUGAUCCCCAUCGGUGACUGAAUCAUCCGCAGAGAGCGAGGUAGAGCAACGAAGAACGAACAAAUCGGAUUGGAUCUGUUCCCCAAAAAAAUACAAAAAAAAAAAACUAUUGGAAUUGCGUGGGGCACCUACUUACCCCUAAACUGGGCCAAGAUGACGAAGGACCAGCAGGCCACGCCCAUACCCGAGGACCUGUAUAAUCUCACACAGCUGGCGGUGGUCACUGUGGCGGCGGGUCCGCUGAUCACCGCCGAGGCGAAGCCAUCUGGCCAGGGUCAGCCGGCCACCGUUUACGCUUCGUCGGAUGACGACUCGAACUACUACAGCCACAAGGUGUUCGAUCGCAGGAAACUUCGUCGUUGCACCUUCUCCGACUCGAACUCCUGCACCAGCAGCAGCAGCUCCGGCUCCAGCCACGGCUCCACCUCCUGCCUGCAGGCGCCUGAGGAUCAUCUGGGAGUCGAAAGGGAGUCUUUGGAACACGGAAACCAGGAUCAGAGCGAGGCCCUUGGCUCCUCCUCGCUGCUGGAGGACGACCACAUCUGCCCCGAGUGCGGCAAGAAGUAUUCCACAUCCUCCAACCUGGCGCGCCAUAGACAAACCCACAGGUCAAUCAUGGACAAGAAGGCGCGGCACUGUCCCUACUGCGAGAAGGUGUACGUGUCCAUGCCCGCAUUCUCGAUGCAUGUGCGGACCCACAACCAGGGAUGUGAGUGCCACUUCUGCCACAAGCGCUUCUCGCGGCCCUGGCUCCUGCAGGGCCACAUCCGCACCCACACCGGCGAGAAGCCCUUCAAGUGCAGUGUCUGCGAGAAGGCCUUCGCCGACAAGAGCAACCUGCGGGCCCACAUCCAGACGCACUCCAACACCAAGCCCCACACCUGCGCCCGCUGCGGCAAGGCCUUUGCCCUCAAGUCUUACCUCUACAAGCAUGAGGAGUCCUCCUGCAUGAAGAACCGUCCUGGAACCAGCUCAGGUGGGGUCUCACGCUCUGGAGGGAGUCCGGCUCAUGGCACACGCCCUCCCACGUCGCCCAAGCGCCAGCAAUCGGAGGCGGGAGUAGUUUCUGGCUCGGGCUUAACACCAAGAUCCCUGUGUGCUGCUCCCGAUUCGGCCAAGUCCACGCUGGCCAACAAGCUGCUUCAGAAGGAGAAGGAUCGCCGGCAGGCGGAACUGGCCUACCAGGGCUACCCGGACGUGUCCUCCUUCAGCGUGAUUCACUCCUCGACGGUGCUGCCCCAUCGGAUCCACGGCCUUUACCAGGAGCUGCAUCCCAGCCCCCAUCCGUUGGCCCUGCCCCUGGCCAUGCCCUAUCACUAUCAUCAGCCGCAGGCCAAUCCCACCACAGAAGGCGUUGCUGGCCAGGAUCAGCCCGUGGACUUUUCGCCCAAAAACAACUUUACGCACUCGGCAAAGACAAGCCCCUUUGAGCUGACUGGGAACUACGCCAUGGUGGCAUAAGAGAUGGGAGUUGGACGCCAGGCAAAAGACACCAGAGAGAGCAAGAAUUCGAGGAGGAGAAGACCCACUAAUCCAAGCCACACACUGAACCCACCCGAUCCCAGGCCACUUUCUUACUGUAGUCAACGAAUAUGUGAUAAAAAUGCAAAAGAGCUAAUGUACCAUUUUAGAGAGUAGAUGAUUCCAGAAUGACAAGGAGGAGGAGAAGCUGACCCAGAGAGGAUGAGGAUGAGAAAUACUCCGUAGAUAUACAUAUACGUAGAGAGACCAGGUUGGAUCGAUCGAUCCCGAUUGAUCGUUUGAUCUUCACUUAGUUGUAAUGAGACUUAUUAGAGACUUGCCAAGAACAGCGACAAAAAACCAAUGUAACCAGUAUUUUUUUAUAGCACAUACGAUACGACACUCACCCUUAAAAUGAUCAUGAUCAGGGUCGGGAUCAGGAUCAGGAUCAGGAUCAUGAGAUCGAGAGCCAAGCUACAAACUUUACACGUACUCCCUACAUUAGCAUUACGACUUUACAAGCACUAGACUCACUCACCCACCCAACCACUCACCCCUCACUCUACUAACCCCCAUUAAUCACUUUGCAUUAAGGAGGACCGACUGUUUCCUGCUUCCGGGCACCCCAGUCGGUCCAGAACGAGAGAAUUUCUAGUCUUUAUCUUUAAAUUCAGCGCACAUUGGGCGGAUGGAUCCGGAAUCCGGAUCCCCGAGAACCGAGAACCGAGGUAUCCGCACAUGUUUGCGCUACGUUAUUUUAAGCACUUACGGCCGCAUGUGGUGCAAUAAUUGACAUAACUGUAACACUAAUUAGCCUGUACACCACACUCAUAUAUCAUAUAGAAUCUGUAUAUUCAUAUUCAUUAUUUUGUAGUCAUUUACAUAUGUUUGUAGUUACCGGGAGACGGACACGCACUGCAUUUUGCACUCUCAGCCCCAACUUCGUACGAAUCGAACCUACAGCUAAACGGACCAAAGAUGUAUCUAUAUAGAAGCAUAUACCUUUAUAUACCAUAUACACCAAAAGAUAUAUAUUAUAUAUACACGUAUACUUAGCUCUAAAACUGUAUUAUAGAUUUGCACAUUUAUUCGAAUUAAACGAGAGAUCCACCGAUCCCCGAGAAAUUAGAAA